CCAAUGGCUGGGAUCAGUUCAUACCAUCGCUAUAUAUUUUGCCCCUCUUUUUCCAUGCCUCAUAAACCCUUAAACCAUUUCUCACUUUAGGGUUUUACAUUUCCCACUGAACUGAUCUAAUACAGCGCAUCACGAAGGUCACAGCAAUGGCUUUCUUUAGAAAAGCUGGGAAUAUUUUGGGAAGAACUGUGAGUAAUCACAUCAAUCAGGAAAUCUCAUUGCCCAAACCAUCCAUCUUUCAAGCGAUAAGAUACAUGUCAAGUUCGAAGCUCUUUAUCGGAGGACUUUCAUACAGCACUGAUGAUGCAAGUCUUAGUGAGGCUUUCAAUAAGUAUGGAGAAGUUGCUGAAGCAAGGGUGAUAGUGGAUCGUGAAACUGGUAGGUCAAGAGGAUUUGGUUUUGUAACGUAUUCUUCUGUUGAGGAAGCCUCUGCUGCCAUCCAGGCUUUGGACCAACAGGAACUUCAUGGUCGGAGAAUUAGGGUGGAUUAUGCAAAUGAUCGGACUCGUGGUUAUGGAGGUGGAGGCUUCAGAGGUGGCAACUUUGGUGGUGGCGGUGGCGGCGGUUAUAACAGCAGUGGUUUUGGGGGGGGCUAUGGUGGUGGUGGAUAUAACAACAGCGAUAACUAUGGCGGGAACUAUGGGGGUGGAGGAUAUGGUGGCAGUUCAAAUUUCAACCCUGGGGUCGAUAGUUAUGGAAGCGGAUCGGGACCUGAAGGCAGUAGCAAUUACGCAAGCAACACUGGUUAUGAUAGUGGGAAUUUGAGCUAUGGCGGUGAAAGUCAAAAUUUCAGUAUUGCUGGCAGUGGUGAUAACUUUUCCAGCACUGCUGCAAGCAGUGGGCAUGAUGGGUUUGGAGAGAAGCUCGGCAGCAACCAAACCAAUAACGGGGUGGAUGGUAAUGAAGGUUUUGGCCAAGAUGACUCUUUUGAAGGAAACUACAGAGAUGACAAUGACAACUACGCAGAUCGAAGGAGUUGAUGAAAGCUCUGGCACGCUGCAUCACGUAGUACAGAAAAUGAAAGCAACUGCACUGAAACUCUUAAUGUUACAAAUUUUUGUUCGAUGUCUUCUGACUUGAAAACUCCUUUGAACUCUUGUUAUUGUUACUUAGAUUUGUGGCGUGCAAAGUAAUGCAUGUUUGUUACAAAUGUUUCAAAACGAAUAGUGCUCAGGAUUUUACUUUCAUCUUCUAUAUUUGUUGCUUGGAUUACUA